GACACACGGUCCACUGAGAGUACUGAUUAUAAUGACAUCGAUGUUCACUGUACCAUAGAGAUAAUAAAAUAAUAAAUAUUGAUUUUGAACAAUUUUUCAUUUAGGUAUUUUACAAACAGCUAUUAAAGAAUUGCAAAUUGAAAAGAAUCUUAAUGAUAUUCAACAACAAUGGGAUACAAUGCGUUUUCAAAUCCAUAAGCAUUAUCGUCAUACAUUAGGUACAAAUAUUGAACAAGAACGUGGUUUUAUUAUAACUGGUGUUGAUGAUAUUCUUCAAGCACUUGAAGAUUCAACAUUACUUCUUAAUAGUAUAGUAACAUCACGUUUCGUUGGUAUUUAUCUUUUACAAGUUGAACAAUGGAUUCGAAUAUUAUCUUUAAUUUCUGAUGUAAUUAAAUUAUGGGCAAUUGUACAACAAAAAUGGAUGUAUCUUGAAAAUAUAUUUAUUGGUUCUAAUUUACAAUUUGGUGAAGAUGCUAAACGAUUUGAUACAGCUGAUAAAUUAUAUCGAAAGAUAAUGUUUGAAACAUCAAGAAAUUCAUUAGUUAAAGAUGCUUGUACACAUCCUGGUCGAUAUGAUGAAUUAAAAUCAAUAUUAAAUCUUAUUGAAAAAAUUCAAAAAAGUUUAAAUGAAUAUUUAAAUACGAAACGUCAAUUAUUUCCACGUUUUUAUUUUUUAUCUGAUGAUGAACUUCUUUCAAUUAUUGGAUCAUUAAAUCCAAAUCAUAUUCAAGAAUAUUUACAAAAAAUGUUUGAUAAUAUUGCAUCAUUAAAUUUUAUACAUUAUAAUAAAUUAUUAAUUUCAAAAGAAAAGCAACAAAAUGAACAAAUUGAUGAACAAAUACAUUUAAAUAAUCAAGAAAAUUCUAUUUAUGCCAAAGCAAUGAUAUCAUUAGAAAAAGAAGAAAUGAAUUUUUUAAAUCCAAUUGAAUGUAAUGGAAAAGUUGAAAUAUGGAUGUCAAAUAUUGAAAAAGAAAUGAAAUAUUCAAAUCGUUUAUUAACGAAAGAAGCUAUUUUUUAUUAUCGUUUUAAACAAAAUCGAUUAGAAUGGAUGAGAAAAUAUAUUGGAAUGGUUAUUUUAGCUGUAAAUCAACUUUGGAGUACAUGGGAAAUCGAAGAUCAAUUUGAUAAAAUAAUUAAGCAUAAUCAACGUUCAGCAAUGAAAACUUACGUUAAACAAUUAAAUUCUCAAAUAGAAGAAAUUGUUAUAGAAAUGCGAAAAUUUUUAAAACCAAAUGAAUAUAAUAAAUUUGAAACAGUUCUUACAAUCGAUGUACAUACUCGUGAUACAGUAGAUAUUUUAAUUCGUGAUGGUAUUAAUGAACCUCAUGAUUUUUCAUGGCAAUGUCAAUUACGUUUUUAUUGGUUAUCAAAAGAAGAUAAUUUAUUUUUACAGCAAUGCAAUGAAAAAUUUGAAUAUGGUUAUGAACAUAUGGGUCUUAAUGAUCGUCUUGUUGUUACACCAUUGACUGAUCGAAUUUAUCUAACAGUUACACAAGUAAAUAGAAUUUUUUCUAUUGUGUAA